AUGGAGAUGAGGCUUGUCGCCCACGUGCGUAUGUCAGGGACACAAUGCUCGAAAAAGACUCCAUUGAGUUUGUGCUUCGUGAAGCAGCCUGUCUGCAAUGGAGAUGACGCUUGUCGCCUACGAGCGUAUGUCUGGGACAUAACGCUUGAAAAGACUCCAUUGAGUUUGUGCUUAGUGAAGCAGCCUGUCUUCAAUGGAGAUGAGGCUUGUCGCUUGCGAGCGUAUGUCAGGGACACAAUGCUCGAAAAAGACUCCAUUGAGUUUGUGCUUCGUGAAGCAGCCUGUCUGCAAUGGAGAUGA